AUGGAGAUAGCAUUAGCCAUGGAAACAGCAACUAGGGACACUCUAGAGCUACAAGAGGGCACACAGAAGGAGAACAAGGUACAUAAGAUAGUACGACACCAAGAUGAAGUGGAUCGACAGUGCUAUCGAUGUGGGUCAAAAGACCACAAUAGUAACCGUUGCCGUUUUAGAAACGCAACUUGCUAUAAUUGUGGGAAACAAGGGCACAUCAGGCCAGUUUGUAAAUCCAAACUAUCGAGCAAGGAUGCCGAGGGGGCCAGCCAGAGAAACAGAAGGAACAACGACAAGAAUGUGCGUGCAUUACACGAGGAAGAUCAUGACGAAUACAAGGAUGUUGGCAGUUUAAAGUUACAUGAUCUCGGCACAAGUAAGGAUGACGUUAUCUGGGUAACACCGAAGAUAGAAGACAAGGAGAUCAAGAUGGAGCUCGACACUGGUGCCGCAGUGUCCGUGAUUCCGUGGAGUACGUUCAGAGAGCAUUACCAAGAGCGAUUAUUGAAGAGGACUAAGGUUCAGUUAAAGACAUACAGCGGGGAGAAGAUCACCCCAAGGGGGGUGGCCCAAGUGAAAGUAACAUACAACCAACAAGAGAAGCAGCUGCCGUUGUAUGUAGUCGAGACAAGGGGGCCGGCCCUUUUUGGAAGGGAUUGGUUGAAAGAGAUCGCACUUGACUGGAAAAAUAUCAGAGUACUCAACAAAGCGAGGGGAGUUUCCAACACUCCUAUUACAGUGACAGAUCUUCGGAAGAAGUAUGCAGAUGUUUUUGAAGGUCAGUUAGGGAAGUUAACUUCCCGGAAAGCAAGGAUCACCUUGAAGGAAGGGGCCACCCCCAAGUUUUGCAAGGCGAGACAGGUACCGUACGCACUCAAGCCCAAGGUGGAGGAAGCAAUCAGAGAUCUGGAGAACAAAGGAGUCCUUACCAAAACCGAAUGGAGCGAGUGGGCGACACCCGUGGUACCCGUGCUAAAAUCGGAUGGCUCCGUCCGACUGUGUGGAGAUUUCAAAGUCACAGUAAACCCGCAGAUACAGGCAGAACAAUAUCCCCUACCAAGAAUCGAAGAUCUUUUUGCAAACUUAGCAGGUGGCCAGAAAUUUAGUAAGAUCGACCUAAAGCAAGCAUAUCAUCAAAUGGAGCUGGAGGAGGAGUCGAAGAAGUUUCUUACGAUAAAUACGCAUAUGGGUCUUUUCCAGUACAACAGACUGGUGUUUGGGAUAACAUCGGCCCCAGCGAUCUGGCAACAGACGAUGGAUCAACUAGUAGGAGAUAUCCCAAACACCACAUGCCUGAUAGAUGAUAUCCUGAUUACAGGCCCAACUGAAGGAAAACAUAUGGAGAACCUGGAAAAGGUGCUGAAGCAGCUGAGCGUACAUGGUCUACGAGCAAACCCACAGAAGUGCGCUUUCUUACAAGACAAGAUUGAGUUCUGCGGCCACGAGAUUGACGCUCAAGGUCUCCACAAGAAGAAAGACAAAGUAGAGGCCAUUCUAAAAGCACCCCGCCCUAAAGAUGUAAAGGAAGUCCGUUCAUUUCUAGGGCUUGUGAAUUACUACAAUAAAUUUCUGCCAAAUUUAGCCACAGUGAUACAGCCCUUGAAUCAACUGCUCGAGCAAGGAACCGAAUGGGAAUGGUCGAAAGACUGUGAAAGAGCAUUCCUUAAAGCAAAAGAGAUGAUCACCUCGAAUCAAGUGCUGACGCAUUACGACCCCAAGUUGCCACUGAGAUUGGCAUGCGACGCGUCACCAGUGGGAAUUGGAGCUGUCUUAUCGCACGUGUUUAAAGACGGAACAGAAAGACCAAUCGCUUUUGCGUCAAGAAGUCUACGGAAGGCCGAGCGAAAUUAUUCGCAAAUAGACAAGGAAGCGCUAGCCCUCGUGUGGGGGGUAAAGAAAUUCCAUGCCUAUUUGUUCGGAAGAACAUUCCAACUGUAUACAGAUCAUCAACCGCUGACCUCCAUAUUUCACCCAGGGAGAGGAAUCCCAGCGAUGACGGCGGCGCGACUUCAACGAUAUGCCUUGUUCUUAUCAGGAUUCAAUUACACCAUCGAGUACAAGAACACCAAAGCACACGGAAACGCAGAUGGCCUGUCACGCUUGCCUUUACAAGAAGCGGAGGACGUCAAUGAAGACGAUGCCAUAGAUCCAGUAACGGUUCUCCAGUUAACGCAGUUUGAACCCCUUCCGGUGACCACGGAGGAUGUUAAGAAGGAGACGCGGAGGGACCCGUUGCUCUCGAGAGUCAGGGARUACACCGAGACUGGUUGGCCAACGCAGUACCCACCAGAGUUGGCGGCGUUCCACGUACGACAGUCCGAAUUAACUAUCCAGGAUGGAUGUUUGCUAUGGGGAAACAGGGUAAUCAUCCCCAGCAAACUAAGAGAUAAGGUGUUAGAAGAACUGCACGAGGGGCACCUAGGAAUCGGGAAAAUGAAAGGAGUAGCAAGAACUUUGAUUUGGUGGCCAACAUUAGAUAAACAGAUAGAGACUUUGGCUAAGGGAUGCUCUGGUUGCCAACUGAUUCAGAAUGAACCACCAAUCACAAGACUACACCCCUGGGAAUGGCCCAAUGGACCGUGGCAACGAAUACACGUAGAUUUUGCGGGUCCUUUCCUAAACAGAAUGUUCCUGAUUGUAGUCGAUGCAUAUUCCAAGUGGCCUGAGGUGGAGGUGAUGCAGUCUACGACAACAGAAAAAACCAUUGAGAAGCUCCGACAAAUCUUUGGCAGGUAUGGGGUCCCUCAAACUCUAGUCAGCGAUAAUAGGCCUCAGUUCACCGCACACAUCUUCCAGGAAUUCCUAAAACGAAAUGGAAUCAAGCACAUCACGUCUGCCCCAUACCACCCGGCCACGAACGGUUUAGCGGAACGGUUCGUACAGAGUUUCAAGAAAGCUAUGAAAAAGGAACAAGUAAAGACAAACCUCAACCACAAAUUAGCAAAUUUCAUGCUGUCGUACAGAAACGCACCACACGCAACCACUGGUGAAUCGCCAGCACAGUUGUUUUUCGGACGGAGACUACGCAGUCGUUUAGACUUGAUGAAGCCGGACCCCAGAGCUAARGUGCAUAGCAGACAGGAGCAGCAAGGGGGAGGCAGAGAGAAGGAGAGGAGAGAACUACAGAUUGGUAAAAAGGUAGUUGUCAGAGUAUACCAGAGUCCCGAGAAGUGGAAGCCAGGAGUAGUCGUGGCAAGAACAGGAGCUCUGCAUUACGAGGUAGAAGUUGCGCCAGGCCUAGUGUGGAGGAGACAUAUUGACCAGCUCAAGGAAUCAGAUAUUACUUCAAGUCCUCAGGAGGGAGUCGAAUGGCAGAAUCUAAUUCCAAAUCCAGUACAACCAACCGAGACAGUUGUUAUUCCACAAGAGAAAAGCAUGCCGACGAACCCCACAGAAGGUUUGACCCCAUCGAUGGAGGACACGGAAGUUAGGGAUAGUACAACACAAGCCAGCUGUCCCUCCACACCCUGUCAAGUGGAGUCACAGAACCGGAGAUACCCAGUUAGGUCUCGACGACCACCAGAUAGACUGAACUUGUAG